CAUGCAUUGCCCAUAUUCCAAUAAGCCAAUAACCUACCAUAAAGACUACCUUCUGCUCAGAAUAAGAACAAGCACAGAAGGUUCUGAGACCUUCUGUACCUGCCGGUGACAGGUGAAACAGAGAUAGAAUAUUUUUAAGCUUGAGGCCUUAAGCACCUGUAUGGACCAAAAUUAUUUAUAAUAAUUAUUUGUUGAUUCUACAUUAUACUCUGAAGAAAAGGAAACUUGAGGAAAAAUUACUUUGAAAAAAUAGAUAACUUGAGCUCAUGCAGUUGAAAAUUAACGAAAAAUGAAGACAACAAUAACUUUUGUUUUACUAUUCUUCUGCUUGAAUGUUCAUAGUCAAGGUCUGCAGGGCAUUAGCGAUGAUGAUCUAUUAGAAUUAAUAAGGGAUAAAGAAAAACUAAUUGUUUUGUUCACAAAGUCAAAUUGUGAAACAUGCAAGUUGUUAGAAGAACACAUAGAGAGUUUGCAAGAGGAUUUUAAGAAAGAAAUGAAUGCAGUAGGUGUGAAAGUGACUAACAGUCACAUGGCAAGAUUAUAUAAUCCAGGAAAAGAACCAGCACUGGUUUUCUUUAGGCAUGGUGUCCCUUUACUAUACAAUGGUGAAGCUGAUGAAAAUGAAAUAUAUGGUUUCUUUGAAAAAAACCAAUCACCUGCAGUCAAAGAGCUUAAUGAUAAGAUUUUUGAGCAUAUUACUCAGGCUGCUACCGGUGCAACCACUGGAGACUGGUUUGUGAUGUUUUACGGCGCAUCUUGUGUAGAGUGUCAAAGAUUACAUGCAGUUUGGGAGAGUGUGGGUGCCACUUUAAGGGGACGCAUUAAUGUUGCUCGAAUUGACGGCAAUUUAGCUGGUGUGAAUACAGCUAAACGAUUUCAAGUUACUUCAUUGCCUGCCUUCCUCUUUUUCCGUCUUGGUAAAGUUUAUAAGUAUGAUAUACCAAAGCGGGAUGUGAAGUCUUUCGUUAUAUUCGCUGAAGAGUGGUACAAAAAUACUAAAGGCACACCAGUUCCUUUACUUGCUUCACCUUUUGAUGAUGUUGUUGACUGGUCUGUAGAAAUGAUCAAAUUCAGCAUAGCAUUCGGAUUGGAUCUACUGGCGAAAUAUCCUUGGAUUUGGCAAAUAGGUUUAGCUGGUUUUGGUUUGGUGGCAAUUACUGCAUUAAUAGCACUGCUAAAGGCAGGAAGGUCUAAACCUGCCAAAAGUGUUAAGAAAGAAAAGAAAAGUAAAUAGCCUAUUGUUUGUAUUACGUAACUUGUAAUACGUAUGAGUAUUCACUUGGAAUUUUGGAUAUGAAUUUGUAUCUGUUUUACAUAUCUUGGACUAUGUGCAUUGGUUAGGGAAAAUAUAGGUAAUUCAAUUAUAAGACUUGAAAAUGUAUCUCUAUUAGUAGGAAAACACAAAAAUGACCAAUCUUAAAUCAGGAGUGAGAUGUAAUUGCAUUUAUUUGAGACUUCAAUCUAUGUAAGAAUUAAGAGUAUAAUGCGUUUUUGUCUUUUCAUAAACUAACGAUUUUUUUUAUUAGAAAACUGAAUUUAGAUAUCCAAUAAUACAUAAAGGUGCAUAGAAGAAUUACAUUUGAAUAGCUCCAUGGAUGGAUUAGGGCAGUGCUUAAGCUUUUAAAAUUUUAUUACUAAUGCCUAUGGCCUAUUAAGGAAUAAUUUUACAAUUCAUUGUUUACAUGCUUUUAUAUUACUAAUAUUACAAGGGUUAUCAGCUCAUUAACCUCGUAGAAUAGCUUAAGUUCUGAACCAAUUGCUUAAGGCGUAGCAGAAAACUAAGUUUUAUUUUCGGGACAUUGGUACUUACUACUACAACCUUUUUUACAACAAAACGAAAGCUAAUAUCCGUCCACCCUAUAAAUCAAUCUUAAUUUUUAAAUGAUGUGAUAGUAUAUGUAUAUUGUGUAGGUAAUAAAAAUAUUUUUUUUAUUAAAUAUAUUUUAUUAAUGAAAUUGCA